ACGUCCCCGACGUCAACGUCACCCGUGACGUACCCGCCUCCCGAAUAGACGAAAUCCCUGAUAACGCGGCACUUGCUUUCACUCGGCAGUGAAUGGGAGAAGUGGCACUCGAAACAUUUUAGUCCGGUAGUACCUCCCUUGUCGCUUCGAGACACGCCGUUAGUUCCCCACCCCCUUCCACCGGGUAGACUCUGGUACUACUAGCUAGCUAGGUCGGUAGCUCCCUCCCAAAGUCCACCGUCGAGUUCGGUCAGCUUGCACCGAGUCUUCCCGAAGACAACCAGCCACCAGCGCCGAGUUAACGUACUGACGGCGGAGCUGUGAGUGACUGUGAGUGUGUUGUGUCCAGGAAUGAGCAAGGAUGGCCGGCUCUGCAGAGGAGAAAAACUUCCGACGGUUCCUGGAGCUCUUUCUCAGGGAGAUGAGCCCGCCUGUGCAGGAGAGCGCCCCGCCGCCUGCGCGCCCCUUGACGGACCUGGUGUGUGAGGACGAGGUGGAGGGGGAAUGUCUCGACUUGUGUCUGCAGCACCUCUACAAAUACAACUGCCCAUGCUCUCUGGCGGCGGCCUUGGCCAGAGCGACAUCGGAUAGCAUCCUGCAGAGUGACCUAACCAUCCACCACCUCAUCAAGAGCGUUGAAGACGGAGUCGACCCCUUGCCACAGAUCGAGGCCGUAAAGUUGGCUCGGCUGAUCUUCAACCGACUCUUCGAUACGUGCGGCCUCUGGACCAAGGAGCUGCCCUACCGCCGCCGCCCGCAGCCGUACUACGAGACCUCUAUCCAUGCCAUCAAGAACAUGAGGCGCAAGAUGGAGGACAGGCACGUGAUCAUCCCUGACUUCAACACGCUCUUCAACAUUCAGGAUCAGGAAGAACAAGCGUUCUUUGCCGUGUUUGAUGGACACGGUGGCGUGGACGCCGCCAUUUACGCUGCCAACCACCUCCACGUCAACCUAUCACGGCAGGAAUCCUUAAGCCAGGACCCUGGGGAGGCCCUCCGCCGCGCCUUCAAAAUCACAGACGAGCACUUUGUGAAGAAGGCGUCACGGGAGAACUUGCGCUGCGGCACGACGGGAGUGGUGACGUUCCUUCGCGGCCGGACAUUGCAUGUGGCGUGGCUCGGGGACUCGCAGGUCAUUCUGGUGCGCCGGGGAGAGGUGGUGGAGUUGAUGAAACCACACAAACCAGACCGUGAGGACGAGAAGCAAAGGAUUGAAGCCCUGGGCGGCUGCGUCAUCUGGUUCGGGACAUGGAGGGUUAACGGCAGUUUGUCGGUAUCCAGAGCCAUCGGCGACUCGGAGCACAAGCCCUACAUCUGCGGAGAUGCAGACCAUAAUGUCUUCCCUCUGGACAGCUCGGAGGACUACCUAAUUCUGGCCUGCGAUGGCUUCUGGGACACGGUCAGUCCCGAUGAGGCGGUACGGGUAGUCAGCGACCACCUCCAGGAGAACGCUGGCGACACCUCCAUGGUGGCCCACAAGCUGGUGGCCUCGGCCCGCGACGCAGGUUCUAGCGAUAACAUCACCGUCAUCGUGGUCUUCCUGCGUGAUCCCCGCUCCCCGCCGCCCACAAGCACGGAGGACGAGGAGGAGGAGGGCAUGGCAGAAGGUGAGGUGGAGGAGGAGCCAGCGGCCGAGCCGGAGGAGGAGCCAGAAGAGGAGGAGGAAGAGGAAGAGGAGUCUGGCAGGGUCGAGCGAGGCGGCGGCGAAGGGGGCAGCACGGCGGACAACGGGGGGAAAAGCCGUGGCGGCUGGCCCCUGCAGCAGUGCUCGGCCCCCGCCGACCUCAGCUACGAAGACCGCACAGACUCGUUGACAGACAGAACCAGCCUCAGCCUCCUGGGGCCGGCGCUGGGGGGCCGCAUCUCUUUGGGCCUCCACACCAGUCAACUUGAGAAACGCCCACUCACGCGCAGGCCCCGCCUUCCUUACCAGGAGUCCAGUAUUGCCAGUUUUACGGACCCACUGUGGCCCCAGACCGCCUCACUGCUAGGCCGGGUCAACAGGCGGAACCGCAGGCUCGCUGGCGGGAGGCGUGGCCUCAGGUGGCCGCACAGCUUCAUGGAGCCGCUAGAUUUUUUUCCACGUGAUCGCCUGAAGGCGCAUGUGCAGCGCUACGCCGCCUGGAGGCCGGGCGGGGCCAUGCCUCGACUGCCCCGUGAUGCCGCCAUCUGAAGCACCUCCCUCCUUUAUUCAAGCCCCGCCUCCUAAUCCAGCCUACCCGCCUCUGCCUUCAACAACACCGUUUUUUUGGUUUUUGUUUGGGUAGUUUAGGUGGUUGUGGCUCCUGCAUUCGUAACGUGAAGAUUGAGUGGUUCUGUUUGUCAACACCAAACACAAGCUUUGCUCCAAAGUUCCUUCAUGACGUCAUCAGUCAAGCUAACACCAGGGGGCGCUCGGCUCACCUUCUCAGGCCAUUCCAAAAAAUGUCCACUUUACAACUUCAUAGCACACUUAACCAUCAAUUCAUCCAUUCCUUCACAUAUGACUUCUUAUAGGAUACAACCCAAAGUGUUCUGAACUCCUGUUUCCAAGCCAUUGUCAUAUUGAGUCAGAACCAUGUUGCCUGUGGAGAAGUUGAUGUAGCUCAACCCAUGAGCACAGCGCCUCUGCUGGUGGCAGCCGAGCGAUGUACUUUUUCAAACACCAUUGGCUUUGCACCAUCAGCCAAAUUGGCAAUGAUCAAAUAAUCAGUGACGCCAUCGCUCGUUUACAGGCUCGCUGGGAGACGUUUGUAACAGUUUGGCUUUAGCGCGCUAAAUUUUCAUACGUUAUGUUUUGACAUUUUUUUGCAUUUUCAUUGCCCAAUGAGAAGCAUGUACCCGCAUCUCUGAAUAUCAGCAGUUUACAAAAUAUAUACAUAGUAUAGAUUUCAAAUAAAAACAAAGAACUUGG